GUCAGAAGGUCCGCCGAGGAGCUGCUGCCAUGAGGAAAAACGGUCGCCAGGUGGUGUGGCCUCUGGUGUUCCUGUGGUGUGGCGUUUGUGUCUGUGUGACGGCAGCAGACGCCUGGGAGAGACCAGGCUGCCACAAAGUAGGGCACACGAGAAAGAUCAGCAUCCCAGAUUGCGUAGAGUUCUCCAUAACGACGAAUGCCUGCCGUGGCUUCUGCGAGUCGUGGUCCAUCCCGUCCUCGCUAGAGACCCUCUUCAUAAAUCCCCAUCAGCCCAUCACCAGCAUCGGACAGUGCUGUAACAUCAUGGACACUGAGGAUGUCGAGGUGAGAGUGAUGUGUCUUGAUGGGACGCGCGACCUUAUCUUCAAGUCCGCCAGAAGUUGCUCCUGUUAUCACUGCAAGAAAGACUGAGUUCCUCUAUCAAUAAACCUCUUAAUAUCUCCGUUUAUUUAUUUAUAGCACGCUCUGUUACAUAUAGUAGCAAUGUUUGUUUAAGAUCGUCCUGUGACUCGGAAUUGGUAAAGAUUUGGCAAUGUUUAGCGUACUGGUGAUUUUCCGGAUAAUUUAAAUCUAACUUUAUUUUUAUGACAACUGUAAAGAUACAAGCUAACUUAACGUAUACCAGGUGAACAUUGUUCCAGCACAUUUAUUUCGUGUAGUACUAAUCUUUGUUUUCUAUUUUCUGACAAACAACACUUUUGUAAAAUAUUUUCAACCAUAACUGUUGUGUUUUCUAAUAUCUAUAACUCUCAAUGUACCUAUUAGUUUAAGACGUGUAAAGCCAGAGAUAUUUUUGUGCAACAAAGAAUACCAAGCCUAAUAUUUCUACAGUAAUGUUAAGUUUAUUUAUUAUUUGUUACUGAUAUACGCUUAUAUUUUUAAUAUUAAUGAUAUUUUUUGUACAAAUCCUGUGAACAUAACCUUAAUACAUGUUCAAAAUUAUUUUACGAUUAAAUUAAAUGCUUAUAUAAUUACAUAAUCUAAUACAGACUCAUGAAUAAAAAAACCCAGUAACAAUUUUUAAGAUACAAUGUCUUUCGUGAAUUACGAAAUAUUUAAACUCCCUAAAUGUCUAUUACAGCUAUAAGUGUACUAAUCUAUCCAUAAAAAUAUGAUUGCAAAAUUGUAAUAAAAAUAUAUGUAUACAAUUAAAAGGAGUGUUAAUAUUUGCUGUUGUUUUACUUUCUAAACGGAUGGCAUAUAUAAUAUGAACUACAAUUUCCAAAUAAUAUAAGGUGUGUGAAACAAUUUAGUUGAAAAUUAUUACAACAUCUACUAGUAUCCAUAAAAAGCACUUAAACACUUAAAUCGUUUUUCGUUAUUUUAUUCAAGAUGUAUAAUGUCUAUGUGUAACUUUACUGUAUCUUUCAAUGACUUUACAUAUACAUUGUAAAUACUUUAAAACGAGAGUCUUGCUGUUAUAAAUCUUAAUGUGAUAUUAUAACAUUAUAUUAAAUGCUUAGUUCUAAAUGUUACUGUUUGACAUAGAAAACUUGUAUUUCUCACACGUUGUAUAAACCUGAAAUUCCCAUGGUUGUCACUCCAUUGUCAUAAUAUUUCAGUGAUAAUGCAGUGAAAACAUUUAAAGGCUUAUAAUGUUCAAUGAUUAUAACAAACUCCAUCUCUGAUUAACGAUCUUGAUUGGGAAUGAAAACUCAGAAAGAGAGAGAAAAAUUAAUUUUAAUAAAAUUAUAAUUUUGUAAUGUUUGAUUUGUUGGAACAUUUAGUCGUUUCAUGGCAUUGGCCAAUAGUACCCCAGAUUCAUAAUAAAUUCUAAUUCAGGCUGAAACAUAGAAUUGUCCUGCCGCAACCUCUAUAGUAAACAUACCAAAAGAGGCAGUGAAACAUUUGAAGUUGAAGUAAACUAACGAAUCUGUACACUCUUUAGGUACACGAAAUUAAAGUUUAGUUAAAAACACUUUUCAUUGGCCUUCACAUUAUUUAUUUACUUUUAUGUUAACAUACUUCGGGGGAGGGGGUCAUGUUAAGUACAAAAAAUUAAACUAUGGAGAACAUAAUAAAUAUUCGAGGAAAAUAAAGCAAUUAGCUGUUGACGUAACAAAAAUAGUAAAUAUGCAAACAUGCAAGGCUUUUAUGUACGCGAUUUUUUAAACGUAGUUUUCUUUUGGAAUUUUAUAUUUCAAAGAAUAGAUUCUUUAUAUUUUAAAGAAUACAAUUGCUUUAAAAUAAUGUUUUCUUACAGUCAAUAAAACCAAUUGAAACGUAUUGUUAAACAUUGAAUUUGAAGAUAUUAUGUAUUAAAUUUAUUAAAUGCUUGAAUAUAGCUUUGUUAUAUGACUAUGUAUUACAUAAUUAUGUUAUUUACGAGUUUAAUACGUUUUUAAAAUGUAAUUAUAUAAAGUGAAAACAGGCUUUAGACUGUAAUAGUUUAUAAAUAUAACCCUGUAGUAUACAAAUCCUGAUACAUACUUGAAAGUGAACGUUACAUAUAGUUUUAACCAACAUUUAAGAAAUUAAAGUGUUUUACAAAGUUGAAUUAAUUUUUAGUUAGGUAAACAUGAAAUUGUAAAAUAUAAAUUUCCAGAUAUAAUGGGUUACGACCAUUCUAAGACGGCACUGGCAAGACCCUAAUGUGAUAUCAUGUGAUUUAACCUUCCGAUCUGUUACUUGUUUCUGUAGUUUAUGUAUCAUAUAAUUACAUUAUUUAAAAUAAAAUAUAUUUUUAAUGAAUUAUUCCGAAA